GUAGCCAAAUGCUAGUCUGAGUGGCGGCUUUUGGGGGCGGCCCGUUACUAGAACAGCGCUCGAGCUAGCAACGGCGGUGACGGGUAUCAGACUACGCAGUGAGAGGAUAUUGCUAACAACACGAGAAAAGGGAGUCGCUUGAACACAGAAUCUGAUCCCUGUGUACCUGCAGGAAGCAAGCGUUUUUACAAAUCACUACAGGGGGCUCUGUGCAAAGGGGGAUGGCGGUGAACGUGUACUCCACAUCUGUGACCAUAGAGAACCUGAGUCGCCAUGACAUGCUGGCUUGGGUCAACGACUCUCUGCACCUCAGCUACACCAAGGUGGAGCAGCUGUGUUCAGGUGCGGCGUAUUGCCAGUUCAUGGACAUGCUCUUCCCCGGCUGUGUGCUCCUGAAGAAGGUGAAGUUCCAGGCCAGGCUGGAGCACGAGUACAUUCACAACUUCAAAGUGCUGCAGGCAGCCUUCAAGAAAAUGGGCGUCGACAAAAUAAUCCCUGUAGAAAAGUUAGUAAAAGGAAAGUUCCAGGACAACUUUGAGUUUGUGCAGUGGUUCAAGAAGUUAUUUGACGCCAACUACGACGGGAAGGAAUACGACCCGCAGCAGGCCCGGCAAGGCCAUGAUGUGGCUCCACCUCCCAAUCCAGGUGAACAAAUUUUCCACAAACCCAAGAAACCUUGUGGCCCCACAGUGCCUCAGAGAACGUCCCCCACGGCCCCCAAGAUCAUGCCCGCCCCCCAGAGGGCAAUCAACAACCCCGUGAGGAGGAACCCCCCCAUGGCCAGGAACGGGGGCGGGGACACCGACCCACAGAUCGUGGAGCUUAACCGGCAGCUGAUGGAUCUGAAGCUGACGGUAGACGGGCUUGAGAAGGAGAGGGAUUUCUACUUCAGUAAACUGCGCGACAUUGAGCUCAUCUGCCAGGAGCACGAGGGCGAAAACAGCCCUAUGCUCUCCCGGAUCAUCAACAUUCUCUACGCUACAGAGGACGGCUUUGCUCCACCCGAGGAUGAGGAGGUUGAUGGCCAGCCACACGAGGACCAGGACGAAUACUAAACCCCUCCCUAUACCUGCUCUCUUUCUCUCUCUCUCUCUCUCUGUCUCUCUGUCUCCCUCUCUCUCUCUGUCUGUCUCUGUCUCUCUUUCUCUCUCUCUCUCUCUGUCUGUCUCCCUCUCUCUCUCUGUCUCUCUUUCUCU